AUGGAGACAUUCGUCGAUGAGGCCAUCGGCACGGCCGUCAAGUCUUUCCCAGAGCCCAUCGUCGACGGCUUGAGCCGCGUGGUUUCCAAGCUGCAGAGCGCGACCUCGAAGGGAGACAUCAGCGGGCGCGACGACUGGUUCCCGUACCUGGUCCAGGUAGUCUCCAUCCAGCUGCUGUGCGAUGAACUUGUGAAGUUCGACCACUACCUCAGGAAUCGGCCCUCGAUCGCCCUCGAGCCGACCCCCUGGGAUAUCGACCCGAUCUUGAAGGCGAUUGCGCCCGUGGCCGACGAGGCCGACGCGAUGUUGCAGGCGAUUGGCGACGUGGCCGCCAUUCGCGCCAAGACGGCGGCGGGUCCGGGCGCCCGCUGGUUGGGCGGGCUGGGCGAGAAGAGUCGAAACUCUUGGAAGGACGCCCAGGCGCACGGGGCCAAGACCAUCAUGAAGGGGCCUCGCGUCGCCAAGAUGCGGAAGGAGCUCGAGAAGGCCGUGGCCGACUACAAGGGCAUCGGCGAGCGUUGCAAUGUCAAAAUGGUCAAGACCUGGUUCGAUGACGCCGAGAAUGUCAUUCGGUGCUGCUGGAUCUCCCACGCGGCGGGCCUGCUCUUCCCUGCGUUCAAGACGGCGACGGGCAAUGCGGCCUUGCGCGAGAAGUGCGUGAAGCAUUUGGCCUUGCUGAACCGUCCAGGUGGUAAAGAUAUGGGCCGCGCGCUGCUGCCGAAGGCAGUUCACGCGCGCGCUGAGCUCGCCCUGCUGUUCACGGUUCAGAUAGAAAGCGAGUUUCUCUCAUCGUAUCUGCUGCAUAUCAAGCUCUUCGAGCUCGACAUCUCCGCCUACUGGAACAGCCCUGAGGACCAGCUCCCAGAGGUCGAUCUCCAAAUCGUGAUGGCGAAUGAGCAGCAGUCUGGCAGCAAGAUUCCUGUGUGGAAUGGUGAGGCCUCCACUUUAGAGAGUUUCGAGGAGAAAGUAAAGCUGCGGGUCCUGGGCACGAAGAAGGAUGACAUAAUCUACCUUGGCCCGCGCCUGGUUCAGGCGAUGGACGAGGACUCGCAGCAGUGGUUCGAGGCGAAGAAGGUGUCGCUCGAUGACCUUGUCAAGGAAGACGGAGCUGAAAAGGUUGUGGAGGCACUCAAGGGAGUUCGAGGUACGGUCACGAUGCAGGGGGCUGUGUCCAAGUGGAGAGAGUUUAUGCGUGGAGUGUAUCGGCAUCCAGGUGAAGGUCCGAAGCGAUGGGUCUCUCGUUUCGACAUCCACCUGAGCAAGAUUGGGAAGGCCCUCCACGCAGUCUGUGAUGAGAUUCCAGCCCAAGGGUUUAUGCACGAAUUCAUCUCAGGGCUGAUCCUGCUGGACGGGACGGGCCUAGAUCCGUCAGAGCAGGCCGCGGUGCUGGCGACCAGCGGCCCCAAGGGCAACUCGUACCUCUAUCAGGACGUGAAGAAGGCACUGGCUGAGCAGUGGUCGGAGGAGCAACUGGCAUCGCGGGACAAGCAGAAGGGGUACAAGGCCAGAAAGGGCGCUCACGCGGUCUUCGACGACGCCGACGAGCUUGCCGCCUACGCCGAGGAGGUCUACGACGAGGCGUACAUCGACGGGUUCGAGGAGGCCGCGGACAUCACGGAGUCAGCGAUGACGGCAGCCGAAGACCUGAUGACUGCCGCGCUCGGUGAAGAGCCCAUAGGAGACGAGGAGCAAGGAGAGGAUGCACUGGCAGCGGCCGCCUCGACUCACGAGACGAACGAGUGGACGGAGACGGCCUUCGCGGCUUCGAGGACGUUCGUGGAGGCGAGGAAGCUGAUCAACGAGGUCAAAAACGCCAGGGGCUACUUUCCAGUGGUAGGUCUGGGUGCCUACGACUCGCUCCCGACUCAACCCGCCGCUGGAGCUGGACGCGGGCGGGCAGUGAGCCGGGGCGGGCCACCUCGCAAGGGCAAGGGCAAGGAUCGAGGCGGCGUGGCAGGCCGCGGCAAGGGUCGUGGUCAAAGUCAGAAGCGUCCAGCAGCACUUCAGAAGGACUCGAACUCGGGGACAAAUGACAAGUUCAAGGGGGCUUGCCUGCUCUGCGGCGAGCCGGGCCACAAGGCAAGGGACUGCCCCAAUCGGGGCAACGGCGGCGCCCAAGGGGAGAGGCGCCGGGCUUUCAACAGCUUCGUUGGCGCGGCCGACGGCUACAGCAAGAAGGUCGAGUUCGAGGACGUCCAGGACGUGUUCAUCGGCACGGUCAAUGACGAGGGCGAGGCCAAGGACGGCGACGAGGAAGGGCUGGACGAGUUCGUGGCCUUCAGCAUGGACGACUGCAAGGGCUACGCGCUCCUGGACGGUGGAGCGUCCAGGUCCGUUGGAGGCGUGGAGCAGCUAGAGUACGUGAGCGAGCGACUGAGCGAGCCCAUGGAGGUCAGCCCGGACAAGAGUCUGGGAUUUUCGUUUGCUGGAGGCGACCGGGCCGACGCGCCCUCACGGGUGACCUUCAAUGUGAAGGUCCUGAACGACGAGGCGGUGAGCAUCUAUGUGCUGGACCGUCAGUCUCCCGUGCUACUGGGAAUCGAUAUGCUGAAGAAGUACGGGCUCGUGAUCGAUUACUUCCACAACACCGUGUACUCCCAUCGGUUCAAGCGUGAGAUCCCCACGAGAGUGCGCCCGUCAGGGCACUUGGCACUGAAUCUUACUGCUCUGGGCAACGAGGCCUCGAGCGCAGUCAGCGAAUAG